UGCAAGUUGAAUUUUGGCCGUCUUGGACAAUUAAAAGAUUUCAGUGCACGGCUACAAUUUCCCAUAUUAAACUGCACAUACGAUUGUCCUGAAGAGCCCAGAAGGGAAAAAACCAUCCACGAAAGCAUAAAUACCUUCGAAGCGAACAAUAAUCUAUAUAAUACUUGUGUACACCUUCAUAACAAUAACGUACAGUUAAAUUUCAGAGAAACGUUUCACAACUAUUGUAUUAGCAACAGAAAAUGUUUGUGUUCAGUGAUAAUGAGAAAUACUUGUAGUAAAAUAAAGACGAGUCGAAUUUCAGUUUGAUUUCAAACCAUAAUUGAAGUUAGUUUCACUUGCUAUGUGUUGGUAAUGGAGAUUUCUACUUAAAUUGCCAUCGGUUGGACGUAUACUCCUAAGAGCAUAAGUUUAUCAAAAUUAACAAAGUAGUAGCUAUGCCAACUCACAGAUGGUACUAAACGAGCGAUAAUAUUUACGAGAGGAGUAUUUGUUUCAUAUUUUGCAGAGUUUGACACAUGGAAACGCCAUGCGUUCAUUUGAAUUUUUAACAUUUUUUGCAUUGCUUGUAAUAGCCAAGUGUAACGAGCAAGAAUGUACAAUCGAUUCUAAGGAAUCUUGCAGUGAAAACGAUACUCAUCAGAAAUACAAGAAAGAGAUAAACGAAAAAUAUAAUAAGUACUUGGCAGCGGUUACAAAUGCCGAACAGGAAUUCGUCGAAUGCAAUCGUACCAACUGUGGAUGUUUUUCAAACGUGAUAGCGCGAGAUUUGAAACCUUUUCAAGAAAAAGGCAUUAGUCACGAAUUGAUAAAUGCAGCGAAAGUAAGUGGUGCAACAUUAUAUCAAAUAAUAAAAGGUCGCUUAUAUCGAGAAACGGAUUGUAUGUUUCCAUCAAGAUGUGCUGGAAUUGAGCAUUUUAUUUUGAAAGUUAUUGAUAAACUGCCUGAUAUGGAAUUAAUCAUAAAUACGAGGGAUUAUCCGCAAUCAAGUAAAUACUAUGGAAAUAUGUUACCUGUAUUUUCUUUCAGCAAGACUCCAGAAUAUUUUGAUAUAUUGUACCCUGCUUGGUCAUUUUGGGAAGGUGGACCUGCAAUAUCACUAUAUCCACGGGGUCUUGGAAGAUGGGAUCAACACAGAGUUACCAUAAAUGAAGCCAGUGAAAAGUAUCCGUGGGAAGAAAAGGAAUCCUUAGCAUUUUUCAGAGGAUCUCGAACCAGUUCGGAACGAGAUAAUUUGAUUUUAUUAAGUCGCAAUGAACCGUCCCUGGUUGAUGCUCAAUACACAAAAAACCAAGCUUGGAAGUCUGACAAAGAUACUCUAGAUGCCCCGCCAGCAAAAGAACUCUCCUUGGAGGAGCAUUGUAAAUACAAAUAUCUAUUCAAUUAUCGUGGUGUGGCAGCAUCAUUUAGACAUAAACAUUUAUUUUUGUGUCGGUCUUUGGUUUUCCACGUGGGAAACGAAUGGACAGAAUUUUACUACAAAGCAAUGAAGCCAUGGAUUCAUUACAUUCCUGUUCCUAAGGACGCUAAUCAACGCGAACUCAAGGACUUGAUUCUAUUUGCUAAGGAAAAUGAUGGCUUGGCAAAGAAAAUUGCAAAUCAUGGAAGAGAUUUUAUCUGGGGCAAACUUCAACUAUCUGAUAUAACAUGUUAUUGGAAAAAACUGCUCUCGAGUUAUGCAAAACUUUUGUCUUACAGACCAACACUUGACAAGAAUCUCGUAGAAAUUAAAAAGAAAUAAUUAAAUGCCCGCCGCCGCUAAAUUCAGAAAGAUAAAUAAAUUGUAAAUGCAUUCCAAAAAAAAAGAUAUCAUUUUCUCAAAUACUUUCAAAGCAACGUUAGUGUGAGGUUAAUCUUUAUAUCCAAUAUCGAUCAGAACACUAAUGCGCUAGAUGCAGCUUUUGGAAAAUUGACUUUCAGGACAAGCGCAUCAUCCAUAUUGCUUAUUUCAGUAUUAUUAACGAUACUUAAUUCCACUUAUAUUAUAUCUUAUGAAAAUAAAUUGAUCUUACGUUAUUUCACUUUAUAAGUAGCUUGCUCUGCCGACACGUUAGUCUGGGAUGCGCUCCAAUACACCAACAAAACUGUAUACAGAAGAACGUACAUCAGUAUAUGCAAAUGAUAAAUAAUCCAAAUAUUUUAGAGAAAAAGAAAAUCUAUAGAAAUCAUUUGUUCCCACUGUAUGACAUACGUACUGACUUAUACGAUGAAUUGUACUUCUUCAGGGACGUUCAUGUGUUUUUUCUCCGAGUAUAUACACCUAAAUAAGUUUUAAAUAUAUAAUAGAACCGAAA